CGUGCAGUAGUGUCGUUCGUGUAUUCACAUGUAAUAUAUUGUGCAGAAAAUAUCGAGUGCAUUAACGAGGGGAGUCGAGAAUAAACUACUUCUAGUUCUACUUCUUCUUCUAUACUAUUUACUCUGUCAGUUAGAUAACCGUCUUGGAGCAAGGAACAAUAAUAUCUGUAGAAAUUCCUUCGGGUUAGAUCAAGUCACGAUGAAGCCAAAGAUCAAUUUUGAAGAGUGUCUGCGUGAUUCACCCAAAUUCAGGUCAGCUCUAGAAGAUUCAGAGGCAGAUAUCUCAGAUCUUGAGCAUAAACUUGAAAAGCUUGUGAAGUUGUGCAAUAUUAUGGUAGAAGCAGGGAAGGCUUACAACAAUGCUUUUGGAUCUUUUAUUACAGGUACUAAUGAGAUUAUGAAGUACUUCAGAGGAGAUGAUCUAGUACAGAACUACCUCCUGAAAUUCAUGGGUGCAAUGAAUGAAACCAGAAACUAUCAAGCGAUACUUGAGGACCAGGCAGUAAGAGGAGUCUCUAAAAGUCUGAGUGCUUUCAUUAAAGGAGACCUGAAGAAGGUGAAGGAAGCCAAGCGUUUGUUCUACCGAAUCAGUGAUGACUAUGACAAUGCCUUACAUAAGAAUGCACAGACCGUCCGAACUAAACCAUUGGAAUCAGAAGAAACUCUUAACGUCCUGACAGCCACCCGCUCAGCCUUCGGACACACCGCCCUCGAUUACGUGUUUCAGAUCAAUAUUGUCCAGUCUAAAGAGAGACAUGAAGUCCUAAACACUUUGCUGUCCUUCAUGCAUGCCCAGUUCACAUUCUUCCAUCAGGGUUAUGAUCUGAUGAAGGAUCUCAACCCAACCUUCAAGGAACUAGGCAAUAAGCUGCAGGGAAUGAACACCAAGGCUAGCACUGAAAAGAGAAAGAUGGAAGAUAGGCACUCACUUGUUCAAGAAAUGGAUACCUUGUGGAAUAUGACCUUUGACCCGACUAAGAAACCAAUCAUGGAAGGCUAUCUCUACAAACGAGCCACAAAUGCAUUCAAAACAUGGCACAGACGGUGGUUCACGAUACAGGAUAACCAGCUCAUAUAUCAGAAGAGAUCAAAGGGUCAGCAGGUUAGCGUAGCAUCUGAUGAUCUUCGGCUGUGCAAUGUGAAACCUCUAGAUGAGAUAGAUAGAAGAUUCUGCUUUGAAAUAGUCUCCCCUGGCAAAACUACAGUGCUUCAAGCAGACAAUGAUAACAUCCGUCAUGCUUGGGUUCAAGCUUUACAAGCAGGUAUUAACUCAGCUUUCAACAGUCCUGUAACUAAGUCACCACCUGUUGCCUUGGAUGGCGAGGAUGUGAGCAAUGUGAACAAUGCAUCACCAUCUACCACUAGCCAGCUCAUCAGUGAAUCGAAGAAAGAUGGAGUCAAAGCUGAGAUCAUGGCAAUGCCAGGCAAUGAGAAAUGCUGCGACUGCAAAGCUGACAAUCCUAAGUGGGCAAGCAUUAACCUUGGUAUCACAUUGUGUAUUGAAUGUUCUGGUGUCCAUCGUAGUCUGGGUGUCCACAUCUCAAAGGUCAGGUCACUGCUGCUUGACCAAUGGGAACCAGAAACGUAUCAGGUAAUGUUGAAGCUUGGGAACACAAUAAUGAACAGGAUCUAUGAAGCUGAUCUGAGUGAUCUGUCUCUGGUUCAUCCAUCCCCAGGAUGCAAUAGUAAUGUUCGGGAGAGUUGGAUCAAAGCCAAAUAUGCCCAGCACCAGUUCCUUGCCAAGAGAUUGACCAAGCCUGUCGGGAAGAGAAGAAGAAGAAGAGCAGGGAAGACACCAAGCCAGAGCCAUCUUGCAUCAGCUGAUCAGAUGUCACUCGGAAGCAGGAGCAGUGAUGGUGCAUUGGGGGAUGAUGAAGAGAGUGGAGAUGUUCGGAAUGGCAUCGGAAAAGUAGGUGUGUCAAGUGACAGUGGAGGCAGCAUAGACAAGAUACCACCCGAUACACAUGACGAAGAAGGUCUUGUUACUAGUGACAGCUCAGAAGGAGAAUUAGAAGUACCUACAUCACCUUCAUUAGGGGACCCUAUCACAGCACAGGAACUACUCUAUCUGGGAGCAUGUAAUAACAGUGAGCAGGUGAUGAUGAAUGCUAUAGCACAUUCAGCUGAUAUCAACCAACCUGAUCCUAAUGAUGAAAUGAGGACUGCAUUACACAAAGCUGUAUCAUUGGGAAAUUUAACUUCAGUAGAAUGCUUGCUACUGAAUGGUGCCAAAGUGAAUUUACCUGAUGCAAACGGAAGGACAAUACUGCAUUUAUCUACCAUGCUGGGAAAUACAGGGCUGGUUUGUUUGUGUUUGAAGAGAAAUGCAGAUCAGAAGGCCAAAGAUAGUGAGGGGCAGAAUCCUCUUCAGAUUGCUAUCACAACAACGAAUGCAGACAUUGUCACAUUGCUUCGACUCUCCAAACUGAAUGAAGAGAUGAAAGAUUCCGAGCUGGGAAACCCUAAUGAUGAAACCUUCCAAGAUGUCUUCCAAGACUUCACAAACCUUGCCUCAUAUGACCCUCAGAAACUCAACCGAAACAGAUCAAGCGAUGAUACAGUAUAGUCAUUACCUCAGAUUAUUAAAGACUCUAUGAAUUCCUGAGAAUGAAGUUAAAGAACAAGACUCAUUGAGUUAUCACCUGGUCUAUUGAGAAUAAAAUCAGGAACCAAAAGCCCUAGGUCUGCAGGAGCUACCUAGGAGCUUAUUCUUACUCAAACACUCUC